GGGGUGGUGAUGGUUGAACUGUUUAAAGACCAGAUUUGCUUAAACGCAGGCGUACAUAACGCGCAUUCAUAACCUCCAUAUUCUGCAUAAUUACCCUCUUCAUCUGAGCUCGGUCUCUUCAGCCCAGGCUUAAAGAAGGACACGUUUUUAUUUUGCUACAUGUUAGCUUUUUACUCUAUACUACGUCUAUGUUCUAACAACCUCCGGAUCAGUGGAUGAAAUGCCAGCGUAUUUGUAAUGUGCGUCCAUGCGUACCUGAGACUGUUUCCUAGGGAAUAAGAGAAUUAAGAGCAAUGCCAGCUAAAGACCCGCUUAUCGAGACACUGAAAGUGUGUAUUUUGGAGCUGCAGGCUGAAGACACCGUGACUGACUCAAGUCCUCAUCUGGCUUCAUGCUGCGAGCUCCUGGAGCUUAUUCUGCGUAAAGGACUGCAGCAACCGGUGCUGAGUUUGACACACAGAGACUACUGGUGUUGUUUUGAGCAGUUAGUUCAACUGGACACAUGUGGAAGGCUGAGCGCUGUCUCUUUAGCUGUACAACAGACCACAGCGUGUCCCAAACUCCUGAGCGCUCAGGGCCGGGGACGCUACUUCAUCCGCUUAAUGCUGAGCAGGAAAACUCUGGGAAAUGUAGUCAACCAUCUGCUACACACAUCCAGCAUCAUCGAGUGGUACAGUCCUGAUAUUUCUGUAUUGAGGAAUGAGGAAUUUGUAGAGCCUUUUCUCUCUCUGUGUCUGGUUCUCGCUGAAAUGGAGUUCAAGCUCAACAUACAGAACUGCAGCUUUCUGGAUGAGAGCUGGCUGCUCCCGGUGUGUGAAACGUAUGAGGCCGUGCCGUGUCGCGAGCUGGGGAUGGUUCUCAGAUAUCUGGACAAGCGUGUGUUUGUGUUGGAGCUGCUCCAAGGUGGUGUGGCUCAGGCGGACAUGUUUGCAGAGCCUGGAGACAUCAUCGACGAAAUCAACGGCAUAUCACUGAGAAAUUCCAGCAAUGGAAAGGCAGGUGUGGUGCUGUCCAGAUUAAAAGGACAGCCUCUGUUCCUGCGCCUAUUGCGCUGGAGAGGUGAGAACGGCGCUGUGUAUCGCCCCUUGCUGCCGCUUUUACGCCAGCUAAAACAGGAGAAUCCCUCGCUGGAGUUUGGCUCGCCUCUUCCCAAACCCCCAGGGCAGCGUGACAGCCAGAGCCAGUGUGUCAAAGAGGGACGGAUCCUGUAUGCAGUGCAGCUGUUAGGAAAAACAAACAUAGGAAUGUAUGGAGGGAAGGAGGUUUUGCAAUACGCCAUACCCGCUGUGCUACAAAAGAGGCAGAGCAGGAAGGACGUGCUGCUGGAUGUGAAGGAGACACACCUGACCUGCACUGAUAAAUCCAACAAAGAGCAGCUGUUCCAACACCACUUUCCUGAGAUUUCAUGUGUGGGGAGAUUCGGCCAGCCAGAUUUCACCAUCUUCGCUUUCUGUGUAGGAGAUACUCCAGAUACGGGUUUCUGCUGUGUGGUUCUGCAGGCGGCAUCCAGCACUGAGUGUGAGGAGAUCAUCCACCGCAUCGCUGCGGGGUUUAAAAGCACAGAAUGGUUCGUGUGAGGAAACUACAUAAGCUCUGACAACACUGAGAGGUUUUCCAAUCUACAGCGCUUACCUUCACCCUCAUCUCCUGUUUGGGUCAAAAUGUCCCUUUUGAAAAUAACAUUUUUUAUAUUAAAGCUGGAACACUAAAAUUAUUUUCUCAAUGCUAAAUUUGAUGUCUUUGUCAGUUCUUUAAUAAACCUGAAGGUUCUUAUCAGUAAUAUAUGUAUAUGCCCUCAAGAGUUCCUUUAUUUUUUAUGAUUAAUGUGUGAUUACUGACAGAUCACCGCUGAGCACGUUAUUAUUUUGGUGGUGGAAUAAUUUUAGCACAAACUAUGUCUUUUUACACAUGAAAGAAAAAGAUAACUCAUCUCUAUCACAUCCCUUACCACACACCCACAUGCGAAAACGAAGACUCAUGAUUAUGCGAAGAGAUUUUACAUCUACUCUCACCAUGCACUUUAUUAGGAACAGCUGUACACCUGCAUAUUCAUGCACUUAUCUAAUCAGCCAAUCAUGUUGCAGCAGCACUAACCGGACAGUUGAAGCUUAGAAAAAAAAAAAGUCUCCUGAUCUUUUUCAAGUCUUCAACUAUACAUUUUGGAUUAGUCGGUGCCCAUGAUAGCAUCAGAUUCCUAUUCGUGGAACCUGAUGUGGUCUUCUGCUGUUGUAGCUCAUCCAUCUCAAGGUUAAAUGUGUUAUGCAUUCUGAGAUGCUUUUCUGCUCACCACGGUUGUAAAGAGUGUUUCUUUGAGCUACUAUAGACUUCCUGGCAGCUCAGACCAGUCUGGUAACUCUCCUCUGAUUUCUCUCAUCAGCAAGGUGCGUCAACCUGCAGACUCUCUGCUCACGGGAAUGUUUUUUGUUUUUCGCACCAUUAUGUGUAAACUCUAGAGACUGUUGUGUGUGAAAAUCCCAGGAGAUCAGCAGUUUCUGAAACACUCAAACCAGCCCAUCUGAUAUUAACAACCACGCCAUGAUUAAAGUCACAGAGAUCACAUUUUUUCCCCGUUCUGAAGUUUGAUGUGAACAUUAAUUGAAGCUCUUGACCUCUGUCUGCUGAUUUUAUACAUUAUUUUGAUGCCACAUGACUGGCUGAUUAGAUAACUGCAUAAAUGUGCAGGUGUACAGAUGUUCCUAAUAAAUUGGAUGAUAAGAGUAUUUCCAUAGUCUACUGUAUAUCGCUGCUGUAACGAACCAAAUAUAUAUUGAAGAUUUUGACUUUUUUCCCCACACUUGUCGUUGUCAUAACAUUUAAAAAAUGUGUCAGUAACGCGAGUAAGAACGCGAGUUUUUAUUUAUAUAUUAUUGUUAUUUUUAACUUUACUCAAUUUUAAUGCAACUCAGUGUGUCACUCUUGUUUAAAGAAGUGUUGCAGUGUUUGUUGCUUGUUAUUUAGUUAUCAAAUUGUUUUAGUAAAAAAUAAGAAUGAAAAGUCUGAAUAGGCCAGAUGUUUUUAUUGCAUAACCGUUGUGAUAAUGAAACCUCAGAAGAAUUUGGGAGGAGAGGAUACAGAUGAGUUUAAACAAACAAAGAAACAAACCUGUAUAUGUAAGGAUGAAACUUAUUUAUGAUAAGCUAAAGUGCAUAACAUAUUAAUGUGUGAUAUGACUAUAAGUAUGUUUUCAUGAUUUCAUUCUCCUUUUUUGGCUAUUUCAGCAAAUGCAGAUUGAAGAGAACAGUGUUCUUUUAUACAUGCCGUGUUAUAUUUAAAAAAAAAAAAAAGGAAUAAA